AUUCAUUUAUGUUUUAAAUAGAUGUUCCCAGAAACACUUACAUCGCUUGGAGUGGAGGAAGCCAGGUGAAGGUGGGCUCUUCGUUCUCACUCACCUGUGUAGCCCAAGCCUAUCCUGCCCCCAGUGGCUACACCUGGUACUACAGUAGUGAAGGACAGUCACAAUGGACGGAACUCUCACAAACAGGCUGGACAAGGACACUAAGCUGGGAAAAAGUGGCCUUAGAAAACCAUGGGUGUUACAUGUGUAGUGUCACCAAUGACAUCGGCACAGGACAGCAAAGUAGCCAAUCAUGCAUUGAUGUUCUCUACGGCCCAUCUAAACCUGUGCUUUCUAUGGUGCAUAGUGCACAAGAGGGACACCGAGUUAACAUCAGCUGCACUGUGCGGAGUCUCCCAGCCUCGGGGCUAACUCUAUCAUGGACCCCCCGUCACUCCGUCACUCCUAUGUCUGGCUCUCCUUCGCUGCCCCAUUCUCACAAAGUUACGGGGUGCGUCCGACCAUCUGACAACGUCCUCUGGUGUACAUUCAACGCCACGUUGCUCCACGAUGGAGUUUACGCCUGCACAGCAGAGAACUCCGAGGGGGCGAACCACACAGAGCAGGAGCUGGAGAUCACAUACAGCCCUAAAGAUGUGUGGGCCUUGGUUCACCCUGAGACCGUCCUGAAUGAGAACACCCUGCUGUCAUUCAUCUGCACGGCUCGUUCCAACCCUUGUGUGCCUACCUUCACCUGGGUCCAGACCAUUGGAGGAGAGACCAUGUUAAAUGCUCUCCAUUUGUAAAUGUUUUGUCUCACAGUGGACUGAUGGAGCUCAUAUUAUUUUGAGAUGUUUGUUUAGCAUUUCUGAUUUGGUCAAAAUGCUAUUAUUUCCACUAGUUUCUCAGGAAGACCCAGACAUCUCAGGGAUGGCUUCAGGAAUAUUCUGCAAAUGUCUUUGAGUGGCCCAGCCAGAUCCCAUACCCAACCCUGUUCAAACAUCUCUGUAAGGAACUGAAUGGAUGUGCAGUGAUGUUUCCCAUCGUAAAUAUAAUAUAUGUAUUUUUAAUAUGCAAAAAUCUGUAAAUAUGAAAAUUAUUAUAUUUGAAUUAACAAAAUUGCAGCUGUUGUGAAAUUCUAUGCUUUUUAGAUGGUCUCAGGAUAUUUUAGCCCAAAACCUGGUUGCCCGGCCUGCCAGGACAUUGAGACUUGACCAUGGAUGGAUCAUCCAACGUCUCCAGUGUUUUAAGUAUAUGCAAACAACAUAUUAGUGUACAAGAGUUGAAUAAUGUAAUUACAUUGAGUUUCCUGAGUGCCCUGUUAAAACAGAUGAAGACAGUAACAACAAAAAUGUUGCUUUUGAUAUUUUAUUUUUUACCCAGUUUAGAAGGCACAUUUAAACAAUUGCAGAUCACAUGAAGAAGAAUUCCGGAUGUCCCCUUGUGUCCUGAGAGGACAGGAUAUUGAUAGUUGAAUCUAAAAUUAAAUAGGCUAUUUGGCUUGUAAGAGAUUGUAAGUCCUCUUAGACCUGCUUCACUCUAGUCACAACCUAAGUGUUGCAGAAGUUUUUGUUUUAUUAUCCUGAACCAUGUUGACAUACAGUAGUGAUCAUUAUAAAUAAUGUUUAUUUCUAGAGCACUUUCAUUACAAUGCUAAUUAUUUUGCCAAGCUUACAAUCAAAAUUGUAGUAACUUUAAGUGUGUCCCAAUUGCAAUGUUAACCCUUAUGCAUACUGUAGACAAUAUAGGAGUAAAGUUUUAUUCAAUUCAUAAAGUGCUUUUCAUGACAACACAUUUAUAAUUUUGUAAUUUUUAACCCGGACUCAAAAAGAUCCUUGCAGCAGAUAAAAA